AUGGAGAGAAGAGGAAUGGGGACACGUGACGUGCGUGCGCCCAUCUGCCCUUACGUGCGCCCAUCUGCCCUUACGUGCGCCCAUCUGCCCUUACGUGCGCCCAUCUGCCCUUACGUGCGCCCAUCUGCCCUUACGUGCGCCCAUCUGCCCUUACGUGCGCCCAUCUGCCCUUACGUGCGCCCAUCUGCCCUUACGUGCGCCCAUCUGCCCUUACGUGCGCCCAUCUGCCCUUACGUGCGCCCAUCUGCCCUUACGUGCGCCCAUCUGCCCUUACGUGCGCCCAUCUGCCCUUACGUGCGCCCAUCUGCCCUUGCGUGCGCCCAUCUGCCCUUGCGUGCGCCCAUCUGCCCUUACGUGCGCCCAUCUGCCCUUGCGUGCGCCCAUCUGCCCUUACGUGCGCCCAUCUGCCCUUACGUGCGCCCAUCUGCCCUUGCGUGCGCCCAUCUGCCCUUACGUGCGCCCAUCUGCCCUUGCGUGCGCCCAUCUGCCCUUACGUGCGCCCAUCUGCCCUUACGUGCGCCCAUCUGCCCUUACGUGCGCCCAUCUGCCCUUACGUGCGCCCAUCUGCCCUUACGUGCGCCCAUCUGCCCUUACGUGCGCCCAUCUGCCCUUACGUGCGCCCAUCUGCCCUUACGUGCGCCCAUCUGCCCUUACGUGCGCCCAUCUGCCCUUGCGUGCGCCCAUCUGCCCUUACGUGCGCCCAUCUGCCCUUACGUGCGCCCAUCUGCCCUUGCGUGCGCCCAUCUGCCCUUACGUGCGCCCAUCUGCCCUUGCGUGCGCCCAUCUGCCCUUACGUGCGCCCAUCUGCCCUUACGUGCGCCCAUCUGCCCUUACGUGCGCCCAUCUGCCCUUACGUGCGCCCAUCUGCCCUUACGUGCGCCCAUCUGCCCUUACGUGCGCCCAUCUGCCCUUACGUGCGCCCAUCUGCCCUUACGUGCGCCCAUCUGCCCUUACGUGCGCCCAUCUGCCCUUGCGUGCGCCCAUCUGCCCUUACGUGCGCCCAUCUGCCCUUACGUGCGCCCAUCUGCCCUUGCGUGCGCCCAUCUGCCCUUACGUGCGCCCAUCUGCCCUUACGUGCGCCCAUCUGCCCUUACGUGCGCCCAUCUGCCCUUGCGUGCGCCCAUCUGCCCUUACGUGCGCCCAUCUGCCCUUACGUGCGCCCAUCUGCCCUUACGUGCGCCCAUCUGCCCUUACGUGCGCCCAUCUGCCCUUACGUGCGCCCAUCUGCCCUUACGUGCGCCCAUCUGCCCUUACGUGCGCCCAUCUGCCCUUGCGUGCGCCCAUCUGCCCUUACGUGCGCCCAUCUGCCCUUACGUGCGCCCAUCUGCCCUUACGUGCGCCCAUCUGCCCUUACGUGCGCCCAUCUGCCCUUACGUGCGCCCAUCUGCCCUUACGUGCGCCCAUCUGCCCUUACGUGCGCCCAUCUGCCCUUACGUGCGCCCAUCUGCCCUUACGUGCGCCCAUCUGCCCUUACGUGCGCCCAUCUGCCCUUGCGUGCGCCCAUCUGCCCUUACGUGCGCCCAUCUGCCCUUACGUGCGCCCAUCUGCCCUUGCGUGCGCCCAUCUGCCCUUACGUGCGCCCAUCUGCCCUUACGUGCGCCCAUCUGCCCUUACGUGCGCCCAUCUGCCCUUGCGUGCGCCCAUCUGCCCUUACGUGCGCCCAUCUGCCCUUACGUGCGCCCAUCUGCCCUUGCGUGCGCCCAUCUGCCCUUACGUGCGCCCAUCUGCCCUUGCGUGCGCCCAUCUGCCCUUACGUGCGCCCAUCUGCCCUUACGUGCGCCCAUCUGCCCUUACGUGCGCCCAUCUGCCCUUACGUGCGCCCAUCUGCCCUUGCGUGCGCCCAUCUGCCCUUACGUGCGCCCAUCUGCCCUUACGUGCGCCCAUCUGCCCUUGCGUGCGCCCAUCUGCCCUUACGUGCGCCCAUCUGCCCUUACGUGCGCCCAUCUGCCCUUGCGUGCGCCCAUCUGCCCUUACGUGCGCCCAUCUGCCCUUGCGUGCGCCCAUCUGCCCUUACGUGCGCCCAUCUGCCCUUACGUGCGCCCAUCUGCCCUUACGUGCGCCCAUCUGCCCUUACGUGCGCCCAUCUGCCCUUACGUGCGCCCAUCUGCCCUUACGUGCGCCCAUCUGCCCUUACGUGCGCCCAUCUGCCCUUACGUGCGCCCAUCUGCCCUUACGUGCGCCCAUCUGCCCUUACGUGCGCCCAUCUGCCCUUACGUGCGCCCAUCUGCCCUUACGUGCGCCCAUCUGCCCUUACGUGCGCCCAUCUGCCCUUACGUGCGCCCAUCUGCCCUUGCGUGCGCCCAUCUGCCCUUACGUGCGCCCAUCUGCCCUUACGUGCGCCCAUCUGCCCUUACGUGCGCCCAUCUGCCCUUGCGUGCGCCCAUCUGCCCUUACGUGCGCCCAUCUGCCCUUACGUGCGCCCAUCUGCCCUUGCGUGCGCCCAUCUGCCCUUACGUGCGCCCAUCUGCCCUUAGCGUGCGCCCAUCUGCCCUUACGUGCGCCCAUCUGCCCUUACGUGCGCCCAUCUGCCCUUACGUGCGCCCAUCUGCCCUUACGUGCGCCCAUCUGCCCUUGCGUGCGCCCAUCUGCCCUUACGUGCGCCCAUCUGCCCUUACGUGCGCCCAUCUGCCCUUGCGUGCGCCCAUCUGCCCUUACGUGCGCCCAUCUGCCCUUACGUGCGCCCAUCUGCCCUUACGUGCGCCCAUCUGCCCUUGCGUGCGCCCAUCUGCCCUUACGUGCGCCCAUCUGCCCUUACGUGCGCCCAUCUGCCCUUACGUGCGCCCAUCUGCCCUUACGUGCGCCCAUCUGCCCUUACGUGCGCCCAUCUGCCCUUACGUGCGCCCAUCUGCCCUUACGUGCGCCCAUCUGCCCUUACGUGCGCCCAUCUGCCCUUACGUGCGCCCAUCUGCCCUUACGUGCGCCCAUCUGCCCUUACGUGCGCCCAUCUGCCCUUACGUGCGCCCAUCUGCCCUUACGUGCGCCCAUCUGCCCUUACGUGCGCCCAUCUGCCCUUACGUGCGCCCAUCUGCCCUUACGUGCGCCCAUCUGCCCUUACGUGCGCCCAUCUGCCCUUACGUGCGCCCAUCUGCCCUUACGUGCGCCCAUCUGCCCUUACGUGCGCCCAUCUGCCCUUACGUGCGCCCAUCUGCCCUUACGUGCGCCCAUCUGCCCUUACGUGCGCCCAUCUGCCCUUACGUGCGCCCAUCUGCCCUUACGUGCGCCCAUCUGCCCUUACGUGCGCCCAUCUGCCCUUACGUGCGCCCAUCUGCCCUUACGUGCGCCCAUCUGCCCUUACGUGCGCCCAUCUGCCCUUACGUGCGCCCAUCUGCCCUUACGUGCGCCCAUCUGCCCUUACGUGCGCCCAUCUGCCCUUACGUGCGCCCAUCUGCCCUUACGUGCGCCCAUCUGCCCUUACGUGCGCCCAUCUGCCCUUACGUGCGCCCAUCUGCCCUUACGUGCGCCCAUCUGCCCUUACGUGCGCCCAUCUGCCCUUACGUGCGCCCAUCUGCCCUUACGUGCGCCCAUCUGCCCUUACGUGCGCCCAUCUGCCCUUACGUGCGCCCAUCUGCCCUUACGUGCGCCCAUCUGCCCUUACGUGCGCCCAUCUGCCCUUACGUGCGCCCAUCUGCCCUUACGUGCGCCCAUCUGCCCUUACGUGCGCCCAUCUGCCCUUACGUGCGCCCAUCUGCCCUUACGUGCGCCCAUCUGCCCUUGCGUGCGCCCAUCUGCCCUUGCGUGCGCCCAUCUGCCCUUACGUGCGCCCAUCUGCCCUUGCGUGCGCCCAUCUGCCCUUACGUGCGCCCAUCUGCCCUUACGUGCGCCCAUCUGCCCUUGCGUGCGCCCAUCUGCCCUUACGUGCGCCCAUCUGCCCUUGCGUGCGCCCAUCUGCCCUUACGUGCGCCCAUCUGCCCUUACGUGCGCCCAUCUGCCCUUACGUGCGCCCAUCUGCCCUUACGUGCGCCCAUCUGCCCUUGCGUGCGCCCAUCUGCCCUUACGUGCGCCCAUCUGCCCUUACGUGCGCCCAUCUGCCCUUGCGUGCGCCCAUCUGCCCUUACGUGCGCCCAUCUGCCCUUACGUGCGCCCAUCUGCCCUUGCGUGCGCCCAUCUGCCCUUACGUGCGCCCAUCUGCCCUUGCGUGCGCCCAUCUGCCCUUACGUGCGCCCAUCUGCCCUUACGUGCGCCCAUCUGCCCUUACGUGCGCCCAUCUGCCCUUACGUGCGCCCAUCUGCCCUUACGUGCGCCCAUCUGCCCUUACGUGCGCCCAUCUGCCCUUACGUGCGCCCAUCUGCCCUUACGUGCGCCCAUCUGCCCUUACGUGCGCCCAUCUGCCCUUACGUGCGCCCAUCUGCCCUUGCGUGCGCCCAUCUGCCCUUACGUGCGCCCAUCUGCCCUUACGUGCGCCCAUCUGCCCUUGCGUGCGCCCAUCUGCCCUUACGUGCGCCCAUCUGCCCUUACGUGCGCCCAUCUGCCCUUACGUGCGCCCAUCUGCCCUUACGUGCGCCCAUCUGCCCUUACGUGCGCCCAUCUGCCCUUACGUGCGCCCAUCUGCCCUUACGUGCGCCCAUCUGCCCUUACGUGCGCCCAUCUGCCCUUACGUGCGCCCAUCUGCCCUUACGUGCGCCCAUCUGCCCUUACGUGCGCCCAUCUGCCCUUACGUGCGCCCAUCUGCCCUUGCGUGCGCCCAUCUGCCCUUACGUGCGCCCAUCUGCCCUUACGUGCGCCCAUCUGCCCUUGCGUGCGCCCAUCUGCCCUUACGUGCGCCCAUCUGCCCUUACGUGCGCCCAUCUGCCCUUACGUGCGCCCAUCUGCCCUUACGUGCGCCCAUCUGCCCUUACGUGCGCCCAUCUGCCCUUACGUGCGCCCAUCUGCCCUUGCGUGCGCCCAUCUGCCCUUACGUGCGCCCAUCUGCCCUUACGUGCGCCCAUCUGCCCUUGCGUGCGCCCAUCUGCCCUUACGUGCGCCCAUCUGCCCUUACGUGCGCCCAUCUGCCCUUACGUGCGCCCAUCUGCCCUUGCGUGCGCCCAUCUGCCCUUACGUGCGCCCAUCUGCCCUUACGUGCGCCCAUCUGCCCUUGCGUGCGCCCAUCUGCCCUUACGUGCGCCCAUCUGCCCUUGCGUGCGCCCAUCUGCCCUUACGUGCGCCCAUCUGCCCUUACGUGCGCCCAUCUGCCCUUACGUGCGCCCAUCUGCCCUUACGUGCGCCCAUCUGCCCUUGCGUGCGCCCAUCUGCCCUUACGUGCGCCCAUCUGCCCUUACGUGCGCCCAUCUGCCCUUGCGUGCGCCCAUCUGCCCUUACGUGCGCCCAUCUGCCCUUACGUGCGCCCAUCUGCCCUUGCGUGCGCCCAUCUGCCCUUACGUGCGCCCAUCUGCCCUUGCGUGCGCCCAUCUGCCCUUACGUGCGCCCAUCUGCCCUUACGUGCGCCCAUCUGCCCUUACGUGCGCCCAUCUGCCCUUACGUGCGCCCAUCUGCCCUUACGUGCGCCCAUCUGCCCUUACGUGCGCCCAUCUGCCCUUACGUGCGCCCAUCUGCCCUUACGUGCGCCCAUCUGCCCUUACGUGCGCCCAUCUGCCCUUACGUGCGCCCAUCUGCCCUUACGUGCGCCCAUCUGCCCUUACGUGCGCCCAUCUGCCCUUACGUGCGCCCAUCUGCCCUUACGUGCGCCCAUCUGCCCUUACGUGCGCCCAUCUGCCCUUACGUGCGCCCAUCUGCCCUUACGUGCGCCCAUCUGCCCUUACGUGCGCCCAUCUGCCCUUACGUGCGCCCAUCUGCCCUUGCGUGCGCCCAUCUGCCCUUACGUGCGCCCAUCUGCCCUUACGUGCGCCCAUCUGCCCUUGCGUGCGCCCAUCUGCCCUUACGUGCGCCCAUCUGCCCUUGCGUGCGCCCAUCUGCCCUUACGUGCGCCCAUCUGCCCUUACGUGCGCCCAUCUGCCCUUACGUGCGCCCAUCUGCCCUUACGUGCGCCCAUCUGCCCUUGCGUGCGCCCAUCUGCCCUUACGUGCGCCCAUCUGCCCUUACGUGCGCCCAUCUGCCCUUGCGUGCGCCCAUCUGCCCUUACGUGCGCCCAUCUGCCCUUACGUGCGCCCAUCUGCCCUUGCGUGCGCCCAUCUGCCCUUACGUGCGCCCAUCUGCCCUUGCGUGCGCCCAUCUGCCCUUACGUGCGCCCAUCUGCCCUUACGUGCGCCCAUCUGCCCUUACGUGCGCCCAUCUGCCCUUACGUGCGCCCAUCUGCCCUUACGUGCGCCCAUCUGCCCUUACGUGCGCCCAUCUGCCCUUACGUGCGCCCAUCUGCCCUUACGUGCGCCCAUCUGCCCUUACGUGCGCCCAUCUGCCCUUACGUGCGCCCAUCUGCCCUUACGUGCGCCCAUCUGCCCUUACGUGCGCCCAUCUGCCCUUACGUGCGCCCAUCUGCCCUUACGUGCGCCCAUCUGCCCUUACGUGCGCCCAUCUGCCCUUACGUGCGCCCAUCUGCCCUUACGUGCGCCCAUCUGCCCUUACGUGCGCCCAUCUGCCCUUACGUGCGCCCAUCUGCCCUUACGUGCGCCCAUCUGCCCUUGCGUGCGCCCAUCUGCCCUUACGUGCGCCCAUCUGCCCUUACGUGCGCCCAUCUGCCCUUGCGUGCGCCCAUCUGCCCUUACGUGCGCCCAUCUGCCCUUACGUGCGCCCAUCUGCCCUUACGUGCGCCCAUCUGCCCUUGCGUGCGCCCAUCUGCCCUUACGUGCGCCCAUCUGCCCUUACGUGCGCCCAUCUGCCCUUGCGUGCGCCCAUCUGCCCUUACGUGCGCCCAUCUGCCCUUGCGUGCGCCCAUCUGCCCUUACGUGCGCCCAUCUGCCCUUACGUGCGCCCAUCUGCCCUUACGUGCGCCCAUCUGCCCUUACGUGCGCCCAUCUGCCCUUGCGUGCGCCCAUCUGCCCUUACGUGCGCCCAUCUGCCCUUACGUGCGCCCAUCUGCCCUUGCGUGCGCCCAUCUGCCCUUACGUGCGCCCAUCUGCCCUUACGUGCGCCCAUCUGCCCUUGCGUGCGCCCAUCUGCCCUUACGUGCGCCCAUCUGCCCUUACGUGCGCCCAUCUGCCCUUACGUGCGCCCAUCUGCCCUUACGUGCGCCCAUCUGCCCUUACGUGCGCCCAUCUGCCCUUACGUGCGCCCAUCUGCCCUUACGUGCGCCCAUCUGCCCUUACGUGCGCCCAUCUGCCCUUACGUGCGCCCAUCUGCCCUUACGUGCGCCCAUCUGCCCUUACGUGCGCCCAUCUGCCCUUACGUGCGCCCAUCUGCCCUUACGUGCGCCCAUCUGCCCUUGCGUGCGCCCAUCUGCCCUUACGUGCGCCCAUCUGCCCUUACGUGCGCCCAUCUGCCCUUGCGUGCGCCCAUCUGCCCUUACGUGCGCCCAUCUGCCCUUACGUGCGCCCAUCUGCCCUUACGUGCGCCCAUCUGCCCUUGCGUGCGCCCAUCUGCCCUUACGUGCGCCCAUCUGCCCUUACGUGCGCCCAUCUGCCCUUGCGUGCGCCCAUCUGCCCUUACGUGCGCCCAUCUGCCCUUGCGUGCGCCCAUCUGCCCUUACGUGCGCCCAUCUGCCCUUACGUGCGCCCAUCUGCCCUUACGUGCGCCCAUCUGCCCUUACGUGCGCCCAUCUGCCCUUACGUGCGCCCAUCUGCCCUUACGUGCGCCCAUCUGCCCUUACGUGCGCCCAUCUGCCCUUGCGUGCGCCCAUCUGCCCUUACGUGCGCCCAUCUGCCCUUGCGUGCGCCCAUCUGCCCUUACGUGCGCCCAUCUGCCCUUACGUGCGCCCAUCUGCCCUUACGUGCGCCCAUCUGCCCUUACGUGCGCCCAUCUGCCCUUACGUGCGCCCAUCUGCCCUUACGUGCGCCCAUCUGCCCUUACGUGCGCCCAUCUGCCCUUACGUGCGCCCAUCUGCCCUUACGUGCGCCCAUCUGCCCUUACGUGCGCCCAUCUGCCCUUACGUGCGCCCAUCUGCCCUUACGUGCGCCCAUCUGCCCUUACGUGCGCCCAUCUGCCCUUACGUGCGCCCAUCUGCCCUUACGUGCGCCCAUCUGCCCUUACGUGCGCCCAUCUGCCCUUACGUGCGCCCAUCUGGCCCCUUACGUGCGCCCAUCUGCCCUUACGUGCGCCCAUCUGCCCUUACGUGCGCCCAUCUGCCCUUGCGUGCGCCCAUCUGCCCUUACGUGCGCCCAUCUGCCCUUACGUGCGCCCAUCUGCCCUUACGUGCGCCCAUCUGCCCUUACGUGCGCCCAUCUGCCCUUACGUGCGCCCAUCUGCCCUUACGUGCGCCCAUCUGCCCUUGCGUGCGCCCAUCUGCCCUUACGUGCGCCCAUCUGCCCUUACGUGCGCCCAUCUGCCCUUGCGUGCGCCCAUCUGCCCUUACGUGCGCCCAUCUGCCCUUGCGUGCGCCCAUCUGCCCUUACGUGCGCCCAUCUGCCCUUACGUGCGCCCAUCUGCCCUUACGUGCGCCCAUCUGCCCUUACGUGCGCCCAUCUGCCCUUGCGUGCGCCCAUCUGCCCUUACGUGCGCCCAUCUGCCCUUACGUGCGCCCAUCUGCCCUUGCGUGCGCCCAUCUGCCCUUACGUGCGCCCAUCUGCCCUUACGUGCGCCCAUCUGCCCUUGCGUGCGCCCAUCUGCCCUUACGUGCGCCCAUCUGCCCUUGCGUGCGCCCAUCUGCCCUUACGUGCGCCCAUCUGCCCUUACGUGCGCCCAUCUGCCCUUACGUGCGCCCAUCUGCCCUUACGUGCGCCCAUCUGCCCUUACGUGCGCCCAUCUGCCCUUACGUGCGCCCAUCUGCCCUUACGUGCGCCCAUCUGCCCUUACGUGCGCCCAUCUGCCCUUACGUGCGCCCAUCUGCCCUUACGUGCGCCCAUCUGCCCUUACGUGCGCCCAUCUGCCCUUACGUGCGCCCAUCUGCCCUUACGUGCGCCCAUCUGCCCUUACGUGCGCCCAUCUGCCCUUACGUGCGCCCAUCUGCCCUUACGUGCGCCCAUCUGCCCUUACGUGCGCCCAUCUGCCCUUACGUGCGCCCAUCUGCCCUUACGUGCGCCCAUCUGCCCUUACGUGCGCCCAUCUGCCCUUACGUGCGCCCAUCUGCCCUUACGUGCGCCCAUCUGCCCUUACGUGCGCCCAUCUGCCCUUACGUGCGCCCAUCUGCCCUUACGUGCGCCCAUCUGCCCUUGCGUGCGCCCAUCUGCCCUUACGUGCGCCCAUCUGCCCUUACGUGCGCCCAUCUGCCCUUACGUGCGCCCAUCUGCCCUUACGUGCGCCCAUCUGCCCUUACGUGCGCCCAUCUGCCCUUACGUGCGCCCAUCUGCCCUUACGUGCGCCCAUCUGCCCUUACGUGCGCCCAUCUGCCCUUACGUGCGCCCAUCUGCCCUUGCGUGCGCCCAUCUGCCCUUACGUGCGCCCAUCUGCCCUUACGUGCGCCCAUCUGCCCUUGCGUGCGCCCAUCUGCCCUUACGUGCGCCCAUCUGCCCUUACGUGCGCCCAUCUGCCCUUACGUGCGCCCAUCUGCCCUUACGUGCGCCCAUCUGCCCUUACGUGCGCCCAUCUGCCCUUACGUGCGCCCAUCUGCCCUUACGUGCGCCCAUCUGCCCUUACGUGCGCCCAUCUGCCCUUGCGUGCGCCCAUCUGCCCUUACGUGCGCCCCAUCUGCCCUUACGUGCGCCCAUCUGCCCUUGCGUGCGCCCAUCUGCCCUUACGUGCGCCCAUCUGCCCUUACGUGCGCCCAUCUGCCCUUGCGUGCGCCCAUCUGCCCUUACGUGCGCCCAUCUGCCCUUGCGUGCGCCCAUCUGCCCUUACGUGCGCCCAUCUGCCCUUACGUGCGCCCAUCUGCCCUUACGUGCGCCCAUCUGCCCUUACGUGCGCCCAUCUGCCCUUGCGUGCGCCCAUCUGCCCUUACGUGCGCCCAUCUGCCCUUACGUGCGCCCAUCUGCCCUUGCGUGCGCCCAUCUGCCCUUACGUGCGCCCAUCUGCCCUUACGUGCGCCCAUCUGCCCUUACGUGCGCCCAUCUGCCCUUACGUGCGCCCAUCUGCCCUUACGUGCGCCCAUCUGCCCUUACGUGCGCCCAUCUGCCCUUACGUGCGCCCAUCUGCCCUUACGUGCGCCCAUCUGCCCUUACGUGCGCCCAUCUGCCCUUACGUGCGCCCAUCUGCCCUUACGUGCGCCCAUCUGCCCUUACGUGCGCCCAUCUGCCCUUACGUGCGCCCAUCUGCCCUUACGUGCGCCCAUCUGCCCUUACGUGCGCCCAUCUGCCCUUACGUGCGCCCAUCUGCCCUUACGUGCGCCCAUCUGCCCUUACGUGCGCCCAUCUGCCCUUACGUGCGCCCAUCUGCCCUUACGUGCGCCCAUCUGCCCUUGCGUGCGCCCAUCUGCCCUUACGUGCGCCCAUCUGCCCUUACGUGCGCCCAUCUGCCCUUGCGUGCGCCCAUCUGCCCUUACGUGCGCCCAUCUGCCCUUACGUGCGCCCAUCUGCCCUUGCGUGCGCCCAUCUGCCCUUACCGUGCGCCCAUCUGCCCUUACGUGCGCCAUCUGCCCUUAGUGCGCCAUCUGCCCUUGCGUGCGCCCAUCUGCCCUUACGUGCGCCCAUCUGCCCUUACGUGCGCCCAUCUGCCCUUGCGUGCGCCCAUCUGCCCUUACGUGCGCCCAUCUGCCCUUACGUGCGCCCAUCUGCCCUUGCGUGCGCCCAUCUGCCCUUACGUGCGCCCAUCUGCCCUUGCGUGCGCCCAUCUGCCCUUACGUGCGCCCAUCUGCCCUUACGUGCGCCCAUCUGCCCUUACGUGCGCCCAUCUGCCCUUACGUGCGCCCAUCUGCCCUUACGUGCGCCCAUCUGCCCUUACGUGCGCCCAUCUGCCCUUACGUGCGCCCAUCUGCCCUUACGUGCGCCCAUCUGCCCUUACGUGCGCCCAUCUGCCCUUACGUGCGCCCAUCUGCCCUUACGUGCGCCCAUCUGCCCUUACGUGCGCCCAUCUGCCCUUACGUGCGCCCAUCUGCCCUUACGUGCGCCCAUCUGCCCUUACGUGCGCCCAUCUGCCCUUACGUGCGCCCAUCUGCCCUUACGUGCGCCCAUCUGCCCUUACGUGCGCCCAUCUGCCCUUACGUGCGCCCAUCUGCCCUUACGUGCGCCCAUCUGCCCUUACGUGCGCCCAUCUGCCCUUACGUGCGCCCAUCUGCCCUUACGUGCGCCCAUCUGCCCUUACGUGCGCCCAUCUGCCCUUACGUGCGCCCAUCUGCCCUUACGUGCGCCCAUCUGCCCUUACGUGCGCCCAUCUGCCCUUACGUGCGCCCAUCUGCCCUUACGUGCGCCCAUCUGCCCUUACGUGCGCCCAUCUGCCCUUACGUGCGCCCAUCUGCCCUUACGUGCGCCCAUCUGCCCUUACGUGCGCCCAUCUGCCCUUACGUGCGCCCAUCUGCCCUUACGUGCGCCCAUCUGCCCUUACGUGCGCCCAUCUGCCCUUACGUGCGCCCAUCUGCCCUUACGUGCGCCCAUCUGCCCUUACGUGCGCCCAUCUGCCCUGACGUGCGCCCAUCUGCCCUUACGUGCGCCCAUCUGCCCUUACGUGCGCCCAUCUGCCCUUACGUGCGCCCAUCUGCCCUUACGUGCGCCCAUCUGCCCUUACGUGCGCCCAUCUGCCCUUACGUGCGCCCAUCUGCCCUUACGUGCGCCCAUCUGCCCUUACGUGCGCCCAUCUGCCCUUACGUGCGCCCAUCUGCCCUUACGUGCGCCCAUCUGCCCUUACGUGCGCCCAUCUGCCCUUACGUGCGCCCAUCUGCCCUUACGAAACUUCGCUCCGCUUCCGCUGCCACCACUCCCUUCCACGCCUGCUGCCCCUCCGCUCUCCCUUUCCGCCGCCGCCUCCCGCCACCUCUUUCCACCCUCCCUCGUCUCCCCCAUGCCCGCCGAAUCCCACCCCCCCGCCACGCUCUCCCCCUUGCGGCGACUGAUACCGGAUCCCUCCCCCCUGCCUUCCUCCUCCUCUUUUCACUUCAUCUCUGCUACAGCCUCCCCCUCGCCCACUCGUGUCUUCCCUCUCGAAUUGAUGGGCAGUGGAGGAGGAGGAGUUGUGGGACAAGGCGGAGGCCUGGGGCCAUCCUCAACUCUCCGUUUCACAUGGGGCCGGCGCACCAAGAGAGCCAGAGACACACAAGAGCAGCCCUCCACGUGGCAGCUCUCAUGGCCCGUGCAGCGGACAGACCUGAGCCUGGAGAUGCGGGCGAGUGUGCAGCUGAGGGCGGUGGAGGGCGAGGAGCAGCAACGAGCAGCGGUGGGACGGAUACUCGAUGAAGCGAUGAGUGGGGCUGCUGCUGCUCAGGCGGAGCAGCAGCACAGCAGGGAGGCGUGUGGGAGGAUGCAGAGGGAGGCAGAGCGGUGCUUGCAGCAGAGUGAGCGGUUCAGGGAGGAGAAGAGCCGACUGGAGGACGAGCUAUUGUGGAAGAGGAGAGGGGUGAGGGGUGUGAGGGGCGUGAGGGGCGUGAGGGGCGUGAGGGGUGUGCGGGGCGUGAGGGGUGUGAGGGGGUGUGCGGGGCGUAGGGGGUGUGAGGAGGCUGAGGAGUUUGAGGAUCUUAAGGAGAGUGAGGAGGUUGAGAGGGUUGAGGAGGCCGAGGGGCUCCUCAACGCCAAGAAGGCAAGAAUACGAGAGCUGGAGGCUUCCCUACAGGGGGGCACAGGUGCGGGGGCAGGAGGAGGCAGACACCUUGAAGCGUCUCAAAUCCCUGCGCACCGCUUCAACCCUCUCUGCACCCCUUUGUACCCCUUUGUACCCCUUUGUACCCCUCCGCAGUUCCUGCUGGUCCUCAACUCCAAGAAGGCAAGAAUACGAGAGCUCGGGGCUGCUCUACAGGGGGGCACAGGUGGGGGGCCAGCAGGUGGAGCAGGCAAGGGAGCAGGCGGAGGAGCAAAGGCGGGGAGUGGCAUUGUGGGGCGAGUGCGGAAGGGGCGAUGA